AUGCCUACUACAUAUAUUCCUACUAUUGUUCACGAUGACGCUCAUACUGAUGGUGUCUGGGACGUUGCUUGGUCAAACCAUAGCAACUUGGUUAUCACAGGCUCUGAAGACAAUACAAUCAAAUGCUGGGAUGGUGCAUCAGGAGAGUUGAAAUACACACUUGAAGGACACGCUAUGGGUGUCAUUUCCGUAGAUGCCUCCGUGGACGGCACUCGCCUUGUUUCGACUUCAAUCGAUUCCAACAUUCGUAUUUGGGAUCUCGAAAAUGAAGGAAAGCUCAUCAAAUCAAUCACAGCAGCUCCUGUCGAAGCCUGGAAAGCAAAGAUUAGUCCAGAUGGACAGUAUGUUGCCACUGGAUCACACAACGGCGACAUUAACUUUUUCAGCGUGGAAUCAGGAGAGAAAGUAAACAGUUUACCCACCAAGAACAAGUUCAUCAUGUCAACUGCUUAUAGUCCUGAUGGUAGAUAUGUUGCAGGUGGAGCUGAGGAUGGCGCUAUUUACGUAUUCAAUAUCGAGACAAAUCAAUUAGCACACACAUUAUCUGGCCAUGCCAUGGCUGUGCGUACACUCUCUUUUGCAAGUGACAGUAAAACAUUGAUCAGCGGAAGUGAUGACAAAUGUAUUCACGUGUACGAUGUGGAGCACGGUCAAUUGGCAUCCACCUUGACUGGCCAUUCAGACUGGAUCUUGUCUGUAGCUGCCAACCCAGAUAUCAGCAAGCAGCAAUUGGCUAGCUGUGGAUCUGAUAAACGUAUCAAAAUUUGGGAUCUUGCUUUGAGAUCGGUAUUGGAGACACAUGAAGUACAUACAGAUCAGGUUUGGGGAAUUGCAUGGAAUUCAGAGGGCACAAAGUUGGCAUCUGGCUCUGACGAUAAAUCUGUAAAGUGGUUUGCUAGUAGCGGUUCCUCUUGA